AUGAUCAGCUACCUGACCACACAGCUCCACAUGCCCUUAACCAAAGCCGCCAACACGCUCACCAAUUUCGGCGGAACCGCCAGCCUGACUCCCUUACUCGGCGCCUUCCUCGCCGACUCUUACGCCGGCCGCUUCUGGACCAUCCUCGCCGCCUCCCUCGUCUACCAAGUCGUAAGUAGCACCCUAAUUAGGACCCAAUUGCAACCUUGCGACGGCGGCGGCGGCGGGAAGAUCUGCCAGCAGGCCGACACGGGCCAGCUGGCGAUACUGUACCUGUCGCUGGCGCUGGCGGCGGUCGGAGCGGGCGGGAUCCGGCCGUGCGUGGUGGCGUUCGGGGCGGACCAGUUCGACGAGACCGACCCGAAGCAGGCGGCGAAGACGUGGCGGUACUUCAACUGGUACUACUUCGUGAUGGGGGCGUCGAUCCUGCUGGCGGUGACGGUGGUGGUGUGGGUGCAGGAUAACGUAGGGUGGGGGUGGGGGCUGGGGAUCCCGACCCUGGCGAUGUUUCUGUCGAUCGUGGCGUUCGGGUUCGGGUACCCGUUGUACCGGAAUUUGAACCCGGUGGGCAGCCCGUUUACCCGGCUGGUGCAGGUGUCGGUGGCGGCGUGGCGGAAGAGGAAGGUGGGGGCGGUGGCGGAUCCGAGGGAGCUGUAUCGGAAUGAGGAGAUCGAUGGGCCGAUUUCCGUGGGCGGGAAGCUUCUCCACACCAAGCAAAUGAGGUAA